AUGGAGGAACUUCAGAAUAUGUCUAUAACCAGAGGCGUUUAUCAUCUGGUUUUGCAUGGUAAGGAUUUCAUACGUGAACGUAUACGCAUUAUUUUCUUAUUAAUAGAUUUUAUUUUAUUUUUACAGAUCGAUGAUUUUUUGCAAACAUUGGAAUUCGAUUUGGAACGGGAUGUUAAUUCGUUCGAUGCAGUGCUUGGACAGUGUAUGUACUUUGGUUUAUCUUUUAGUCGAGUGGGAGCCGAUUUUCGUACAUUAAUGGUGCCAAUAUUUGUGCGCGUUAUAAGAAAUAAAUUUAUAAAUUCCAUUAGUCAAGUCAAUCAAAAUUUCGAAUACGCCUUGGACAAGUACACAUUGAUAAAUAAGGUUGCCUUGCAUGCUAGGAAUACAAGUAAUAAACAGAAUGCAGUUGUGAAUGCUCCUACGGAUACCACGGAUGCACCAGAUAAAGAUGCUAGUAAACCCAAAGAUAAUGAAUCGCUUGGACCACCAGAAACUUUACUUGAUUUUCAGCCUUUAGCAUUACUUUGCAAUGGUUACUUGAAUGCCUUGAAUGAGUUGCGUUUGUGCGCGCCAAUCGCUUUAGCCAAUGAUGUCACAUAUUGCAUACAAAAAUCACUAGAAAUUGUAGCAUUACGCAUAUUGGCCUUCUAUCGUCAGGAGCAGCAAGCUUUUACCAGUAGUGAACGUGAAACAUUUGGUAAAUUAUGUUCAUGUUUUGCUUAUGAUCUACUGGCGUACCUGCAACGUUGCAUCCACGCCAUUUUUGGUACAGAGACGCUGAUGCAACAAAUGGGUGUGAAUAUUUCAGUGUUGGAGCAAGAGCAUAUUACAUUUCUGAAGCAUAAUGAAAUACUGGAACCACUUAAACACUUGCUGCCAAAAAGAAUUGAACCACAGAUUAAUAAAACGUCAGCAAUAACGCCAAUGCCACAAGCAGAAAUGAAUACUACAGAAAUUGUUGUAGGUUAGGCAGUAGAACAAUGCCUUCUAUUUUAGUUUCUAUUAAUUUUUGUAUGUUAUAUCACCUGUGCCCUAUAUAAAUAUAAUAUAUGAUUAAAUUAAAAUUAAAAGCAACUCUAAAUUGUUACUUUCAUUUGCAGUUUGUAACCGCAAAAUCUUUAACUAAUGCAUAAAUUGAUAAAAAUAUCCCACAACUGUUUUGGUAAUAUUAUCGAGACUAAACCACCCACACUUCAUGCGGUGCAACAAUACACAUCACACUCGUUAGAUACAAAAGUAAAUAAUGUAAUUUAUGAAUUACAAUUAAAAAGGAAAAUUAGCCACAUGAAUCCAUCAGCUAUCACCCAUCAUACGAGCAGUGUAUCUAUCUGGAAAAAGUGGCAAACUGUACAUAUUGCAUUGAUUGGUGAGGGAGUUGCAAACACAUCGAUAUAAGAAUACAAAUGUAUAUAU